UAGAACAUUAUGUAGUUACUAAAAAAGGAAGAAUUGUAUAUGAUAAAUCGAGAUAGCUAAACCCUGUUAAAUAAAUUGCUUAUAGAAUAAUAUACUUACGUAACUCGUAUAUAAUGAUUUAUUAGAAUUUUUGAGAUAUUCACAGAAAACAGUCUGAGACAUUCAAUAAAUAAUAAAGAUUUUGAGUGUUUUCUAUAAUGCGUUAUCAGAAACGAGUCAGAACUCCUAAUGUAUAAAGUCACCAUAUCAAUAGGAAUAUAUAUGUAUUGAAUGGUAAUAUUAAAACAUUCGCUUCCACUUUUAAUGUAUACUUCGAUGAUAAUUCAGACAAACUACUAACUGUAUUUUACUUCUGGUACUCAUACUGGUGCCAUCAUUAAAACCCUAUUUUUCUAUUCUCAAAGCCUACGACACUUCUUCGAGCGUCAUUUCGAUGGCGUCGGCGGCAGGAUUAGCAGUCGGAUUGUUAUUGCUUAUUAUCAUCAUUGUUUGUGGUGUUCUACUUUGGUAUUACUACAAAAAGAGAAAACAACGUGAAGUCGACAAACUUCCUUUACAGAAAGCACAGCCAGCAAAUAAAAGACUAGUAAACGGGGACUUAUAUAGAGAUGGUAGAGUAACUGGCUCUAAAACACCACGUGCCAUGAACGGCGAUGUUAAAGUGAAUGUGGAAGAUGAAUUAGGAGUUCGCAGAGAAAAUUCAAUACAUAUAUCUAUGACGUCACGAGGUGGGAGCGGCUUAGGGGGUCUUGAUGGUGAUAGGAGGCAAGGAGUUGCACCAGUUGAGGAACCCGAGCUCGCGAAGAACGCCAAGGCCGCACGAGCCGCACCCAGUGAUAAAUACGUGGUGGACAGAAAAGGAAGUGAAGGCCUUCAACGACCAGAUAAAGGAUCUUCAACAGCAUCGGCAUCAGGAGAGCGCCGCCGCUUUGGCGACCCCCCAGCCGAAAGUGCCCGAAAAAAUCGUAAAAGAACACCAAGGCUCCGACAUCCUAUGGAAAUACAAGGAGAUAGUGAAGAAGUUCAAGACAAAAAAGAAAGCUUCAAAAAGGCGGAAGAAUUCUGGAAAGACGAAAAAAGGGCAAGAAGCGGACGGCGGAGAGAACACCCUGAAGCCCUCACCAUACCCUCACUUAAGGAGGACCCGUUCGACCACAGAGACGACAAGCCUCCAGGGACACCCUCUUUCUCUCAAGCCAGAAGUGGAAAAUCUGCAGUUGGAAUGAGGUUGGAACGUGAAAAUUCUGCUUUCAUUGCUCCAGUGAAAGACCCUGCAUCAGAUGAAAACCUUUGGCAACGAGCAUCAAACUUAUGGCACCAUUCAAAUAAUCACAAACCUAUUUGGAAUAAUUUAGCACUUCAUCAUUGAGUUAACACUGCACACACUUUAAAGAAUCGUUUUUUAAAAGUCUAUAGCAUUCUCGCGUGCGAAUUCAACAAGAAUUGCCGAUGUAAAAAGCAGAACCUGUCCUUAAUUGUGAUUAUUAUAAAAUGAAGAUGUAUACUCAAUUUCUGUUAAACAUCUGUCAAUGAUAGAUUGAUGCAUCUCGUUCACAAUAGAGGAAGUUUCUUUUGUUAUUUUGUCAUUAUUAUUAAUGGAAGUUGAUCACGAAGAUCAGUACCUUAAAUAUUUUAUAUUGUUACUACAUAAGAAAUUCGUAUAUAUUGUUUUAAGUGUAGAGGAAUUUAACGUGUGUGUUUUGCGUUGUUCAUACGCAUUUAGAUAGCCAUCUGGAAAACAAAUGCUGAUUUUUUUUUCUUGGCAUACACCUUGUCAAUUUAACCGAUUUGGAGAAAAGGGACUGAUUCAUCAGAAUGGGUUCACUGAAGCCAUAUAACCUUAAAAACAAUAAAAAGUAAAAUGUCUACAUCUGAUGCACACUUGUCGUAUGCAAAAUAAUUAAUGCAUAGAUGAUUGUUGUCGCUGCAAACUUUGCUAAAUACAUGAUUUGCUUCAUCGGACCAUGUGUGGUUGAUUUUUAUUUUAGUAUUUUCCCCAAGGGAUAUUGUUUAUCUAAUCAGAUUGGGCAGCAGUAUAUGCCGACCCUAGUAUGUUGUUAUCGUUUAAAACAGCUGUGAUAUAUAUUUAUGAUGUUUGAAUGUUUUGUUUUAUCUUUCUGUAAUUUUGUUUUAAUGCAUUUGAAUAAAACGUUUUAACAUUUAUUUAAAUAAACUUGUCUGAAAUGUUCCUUUGCGCUAGUUAAUGCUUAUUAGUGAUGGGCAAAUCGGUAAGAUUUGCCAACCGAUUAAUCGGCAUAAUCGGACAAGCCAACCGAUUCCAUUAAUCGGAUAUAAUCGGAUAAUCGGUUACUCUAGUUGCAUAUCUGUAAGUUCACCUCACAUUGUAUGUUUUAUGUCAUCACUUAAGAAAUGAGCCACACAGACAUCAAAUAUCCUAUUUCUAUUGUAUCCCUUCAUAAACAUAAGUAAGUUAACAGCAAAAAAGUAAACUUCAAAUCAGGUACUGGUCACAAUUUCACCAGAGACUCUUAUCCAGUGAUAUAUUGUGUUAUUAAAUUAAAAUCAUAUGGAGCAAAAACGUAUUAACGAUUUAUUAAUUCUUAAUAACGACUGGAAUGAUUUCAAUCCCACAAAAUCAAAAAUUGAAAAUACC